AUGGAUUUUGAUGAUUUGGAUGAAGAGAUUGAAAAACGCGUGGAAGCAGGCGAGGAAGUCGCCUGCAAGGUGAUUGAGAACCUGCAACCCGUGAAGGGCACCACGUUGCCGUUGAUGACGCGUUCCCUAAAGUUGCCUGACUUCAGCCGUUUGCCAGCGGCCAAGAAGAAGGCCUUGCCACCAUACAAUGGACAAAGUGUCCCUCCCAGGGAGCCCGUGCUGCGACUUCUUUGCAUCCACGGUGCGGCUGAUAGCUAUGCUGCAGACUGGUGUGUCUUGGAGAACGAGGCUCCUCCCAAUGUGGAGGUAGCUAUGCACGAAUUUCCAGGACAUGGUCAUAGAGACACGGAGGACUUUCUGACAACACUGGAUGACCUGGUGGAUGAUUGUUUCGAUGCCUUCAAGGAUGCGAUGAACACAGGUGCCUUUGCAUUUCUGGGCCACUCCAUUGGUGCCUUAAUGGCCAUCAAGGUGGCCAAGCGAGCACGCGCCGAGUUGGGCGUUGAGCCCGUCCUCGUGGUGAUGUUGGAACGGGGUGCUGCACAGCAUCCGCUCUUCACAGACUCUGGUGCUCAGUGGCUGAGAGAUGACCCUGUGACGUUCUUUGAGGUUUGGAACCCCACGAUCUUCAAGCUCUACAAGAGUGCUGGCGAAGUAGGCGCUCGCACCCUGAAAAUGUGGGCAACGGAUCAGAUCAUGGACCAAGAUGCCAUCGAAGUGGGUUACCAUCGCUUCAAGUGUCCCAUGCUGGCCGUUGGGGCUGAGUUGUCCUGGCGGACCUGGGUGAAGCUGGAUGAGGCCACUCCAGAGGUGAAAGAAUGGAUCAAGACAAAGGCGACCAUAGGCGCAUACAUGAAGGAAAAGGAGGACAAAAUCUUUCACGGGCAUUUUCCUGAAUGGACCUAUGAGGGUUGGCAGGAGUGGACAGAACACCCUGCUGGUUGCCGUAUUGUGGAGUGUAAAGAGGCAAACCAUAUGGACAUCAAGAUCAAUCCGCACUUCACAACUGAGCUUUGGAAAACUCUGAAGCAAGUCACGGACGCUUUCUGA